CGCCAUGUUCCGACGCCAUGUUACGCCGGCGGCCGCGGGCGGAGAGGCGGCCCAGGAGUGCAGGUGCUAAAAUACAUUUUCCAUGUGAGAAAAUGCAAAAGUGAUGGUUGCAAGCUUAAAGGAAGAUUCAGAAUUAAAUCCAAAUCCAUUUUGUACAAGUGAGCAGUGGGUUCUUCUGGCCUAAACUUCGGAAAUCGUUAAUGAAUCAGUGGGACCACAGUCAUGUAUGGAUACUUGAAUAUGUUAGCUUAGAAUAUGGAAAAUCAGAUGAUUACAGAGUUCUUCAAACCAGUUUUAAAUCAAGACCGCACUGUGCUGUCCUCACCGGACAAAGGAAAUGUAAAAGAUGAAGGAAUGGGACUGUCAAUUUUAYGCACUGAAGGUUUUGAAAGGAACGUAUCUUCUCCAAAGAAGGUCAGCAGAAAAACAUCCCAGAGUAAACACCAAGCAAGUCCUGUGGGAAAGGGAAGUUCUGUAAGAAAAAUAACACAUUUUKGUUCAAGGGACAUUGCCUCAGAUGACCCAUCUCAGCCAAAGCUAACACAGCUUUUAGAACAUGAGACAUCAUCUCCACAUGCAUUUAGAACAUCAUCUGAGAUGGCCUCUGGUGCACCAAAAAGCCCAGCUGUUCCUUCACACUUCCUUAAGAUGUCCUUGGGGCUAUCCAAGCCAAGAGACUCUCCUGUGAAAAGAAAACACACUGCCAUGAGUGUGGAUGGAGAUAGUUCAGAUCAGUCUGAAGUGAAUGAUCCUGCCUUUAGUAGAUUAUCUUCAAAAUGCAAAAAUAGGAGGUCUGACUUYGUAAAAAAUGUCUUUUUAAAGUCUCCUCAUGAUGAUGUUCUGCAGCUCAAGGAUCCUGCUGCCCUAUCUAGACAUGAUUUGACUCUUUCAGAGGAACUCCUCAACUCAAGCAAUGAAAAGGAGAAAAAUAAUUAUUCCACUGUARGUUUGUCACCUUCAUAUUCUGCACACAGUCCUGCUAAAAAUAACCACAUUUCUGUUGUGGAUACCAAAGAGAAUCAAUUGCAGCUGGCUAACUCAUGCUUUUUCUUGGAAAAGUCCCUUCCUUUCUCUCAGGAAAAAAGUACUGUGUUGCCUUCUCCCCACCACUUAACACAAACAAAAGGCAUGAAAUCCCCUCUCCAGGUUGCUGGCUUUUCUCAGGUAUUGGAUAUUAAGAAAGARCAAGAUAAAAGACCAGAAAGACAUGAACGGAAUAAAGGAUACAGUAUUCAACCCAGCAACAGUUUUUCAAGUACAAACCACAAGGUUUCCGAAAAUGCUCCUGAUUCUUGUAGAAUGGAAAUGUGUGGAAAGCCUGAACUCUCCCCAGAGAUUGGUAAAAGUGUUCCCCCUUCAUUGCCUUUGGAAAACUCUUACAURGACUGCAGCCACGAGUCUUCACAAACCUCAGGAGAGCUAGAAGUUAAAAUGAACUCUACGGGCAAGUCCAAGCUGAACAGAAAAUCACAAAGCAGCUCUGAUAGUGAAGAUGACAUUUUGGAAUCCAUUCUAGAUGAYGAUGAAGAAGAAGAAGUAUUAAUGCCACUGCAAAAAAUAUUCAGUUCAAAUCUCAAACCACAGGCAAGAGCCCCAGAAGACUCUGAGGACAGUUUUUCUCAGGACGCUUUGACUCCAUUACUGAAGCUUCAUCUUUCUARGAGUCCUGUUAUGAGCAAGGUGUCAUAUGUGAACAGUUUAGAUCAUCUCUUGAAGGAGAAUGAAGAAUCUAGAAGGUUAGAGGAAAUAGCAGAACAGUUACAGGAAGACAUAGAAAGAGAGGACAAYGCUUCAGAUGGAGAAAAUGAGGACAAUGCCAAUGGGGAUCUCUCGGAAGAACAAAGGGCGUUUAUAAAGAGAUUUUCAGUAGUAGCUUAUGUCAUACCUGACAACCACCCUGGAGAAGACAUAUUUGAUUUAUCAGCCUCUGGGAAAAUCUUCACUCAACAUAACCUUGACUUGAGGAAUUUUCAGUUCAUCCCUCAAAAUCCUAUAGAAAAUCUGCUUCUUAAUUCUAGUGUAACACAACAGCUUUCUUUAGCUGUUAAUGGUUUUCUGAGUUCAGCUUACAGUUGUAUAUUAUGUCCCAUACCAAUUCUGAAGUGGCUUUUCCAGAUGAUGUCURUUCAUCCUGACUAUUGUGUUUCCACCCAGAUCUUAGACAGAUUGAUGGAGAUAACACUAAAGAACUCUUCCAUCAGUGAUGAACAGUUCAARCCAUGGAUUCCUUCAAUAGCUGAUCUAACAGCUGUUUUUGUCAAUAUGGGUAUUGGGUUCAGAUCUCUCUUUCUAUUGCAACAUCUUCAGCCYGCCUUCAAUGAGCAUGAUAUUUUAAGUCAGGUGCAAGAAACAGUGAGUCAACAGCCAAAAGGAGAUGUAGUCUCUGCCAGUCCAGCUUUCCCCAGUCUACUUCAAAACAAUUUAAUUAAUGUGAUUAAGUUUCUAGGUUUCUGUACGUCGGUAAUUCAAGAUGGAUAUACUGAUCAAGAAAUAUGGCUGCUGCUUUUAUUGCUAUUUAAAAUAAGCUUGGAGAAACAUUUAAAACAAGUUCCUCUGAUAGAUUUUCAGUGCCUUUUUGUAAAGCUUCUGAUGAAUAUAAAAUGCUGGGAUACAAAGAUGCCUGAGCUGUGCCUGGCAGUGAGUGAGCUCUCCAGUAACCACCAUAACCUCCUGUGGCUCGUGCAGCUCGUGCCCAGCUGGAUCGAGCGUGGACGGGAAGUAAGAAGACGUCUUAGCCUAGUGAUAAUUGCAAAACUUCUACAUAAAAAGGAUGUAGAAAUACCUGAUGAYUGUGACAAGCAGAUGUUUCUUCUGCAUGACUUUCUGGUGUGUAUGAAACCUUCUUAUCUACUGAGGAAGAUGAGAGAAGAACUGAAGGAGCAGAAAGUUGAUGGAAACCAUGCAGAACUAGAACAUGAGGUAUAUUACCUAAUCUACGUCCUCCUUCAUCUAGUCAGUGAAGCCAGUUUCCUUGAUGUUGUAAAUUCUAAUCAAAGGCAACAGUUACUGAAGCUUUGUCGUGCUUUAGAUAAGCACGUGAAAGGUGAUAUUAGGGAAGAUGCAAGGCUGUUUUAUCGGUGUAAGGUAAAAUGCUUGGCUGCUACGAUAUAUAGCAAAUGGCAGGACGUGAUACAAAGCACUCGGCUUUCUCAGGGAAAACUGCAUGACUUCUGGGAGCCAGAUUCAUGAAAUCUUGCCUGGUUAAGGGAAAAUAACAGAGAAACUGAAAUCAAGAAAGACACACAGUGAUGACCAAACAUCCCCAAGGUGGAACUUCACCUUGUUUGGAACAGAAGAAGUCAGUCACCUGAAUUAGAACUUGAGCUUGAUACAAGCAAAUACUAGACACAUGAGGAUCGGAUUUGACUAACAUUGUUUUUUACUACAAAUGUUCUACUUCYGUAAAAUUGAAGUGGAUAAACUGAAAAAAACCCCAGCCAUUCCUAUAGCCCUAUCAGAAUUGGCUAAAAAUGUAUUACCAUAUUGAAACCUGAGGGAAAUUUUCUUGUUUCCCUUGUUAAUCACARGACAUAUUUGAAAACAGUAUGUAUUCAUUUUCUUGCCAGCACGUACCUGCAUGGAUUGUUUUAGGUUGGCUGGAGAAGAACUGCUCUGUGACAUGGAACAUGAGUUCAGAAGCAUUGUUAGACCUCCCCUGCUCUGAGCAGGUGAGGAAGUGGUUCAGAUCUGGGCUGAAUCAUGGUAAUCUGCAAAGCAGAAUUGAUAUGAACAUCCAGUGUCUCUUAGUGCAACUGCUGUAUUUUGUAUUUUUUUCUUUCAAAAUGGAGAAAAAUACUAAUCCUGAAAUAUUAUCUCAGUGGAGAUUUGAGAACAGCAUUUGGCUCACCUAUGUAAAGACUGUGGAAAGCCAUAUAAGACUGAAUUCCUUGGCGUGAAGUCCUGCUGCGCCCACAAUAUGUGCUCUAAGCUCCAGGAGCUGUUUAUGAAAUUAUCAGAGGAAGGUGUGAUCUCCUUUUGUGCUCUCUGUACAAAUGUCAUCACUGAAAUCCUACACUCUGUUCUGUCUGUAGGGUGGGUGCAUACAGGAAGAGAAGGUUAAAGUGUUGGGUAGCAGCACCAAUGGGGAUUCCGGUAAUAAGUGAGAUUUUUUUAUAACAUCAACAUGUGUUUUAUAAUACUGUUUCCUUUUAAUUCUUGUGGAUUACUGUCUUGUAUGAAGAAUUCUGUAUAAUAAGAAUGUAAAAUAAGGCUCAAAAGAACUGCCAACCCCAAAAUCUUCAACUUUGACUAUGUAUAUUACAUAUAAAGGAGCUGCUGUAGAAUGGACGUGUCUUAGAGGAAAUGUAUUUUAUUUGCAAAUUCAUACUAAAUGUUUUUCUUUCACGUGUUAUGUAGUUAUGUCAAUGCCAUCUUUUGCUCUGUCUUUGAUAACUUAUCUGCCUUCCCUCUUGUAAUAAUUGCUCACUCUGUUGAAUAUAUUGUAUGUAAUUUUAUUAAUGUUUAUAUUUUUUUCACUAAUAUUGUAUAAAGGUAAAUAAAAUGCCGAAUGUUUACUGUAUUUAAUCUGUAUAUAUUUUCUUACUGUGUGAAGUUAAUGUUGCUGGCUUGUGUAUUUUGAAGAAAAGAGGGAAUUUUAGUUGAACAGCUUUUGUAUUGCAGUUCAAAGCAUGUUGAAACUGCUGAGAUUUGGGGGUUUUCCACAUAAAAUAACCAGUUUGAUAUUUACUUUUAUUUAACAGAACAACAAAAAAUAAAACCAGACACGCCUUUCUAGUUAAAUGUCCCUGGACAAAAAUGGGCUCUUUUUCACAAAGAAAAUGGCUGCAGGUCCUAUUUUGUUCUUAUGGCACGUUACAAUUCUUGGGUUCACAGCUGAUUAGCUCACUAUAGAUGGAGACAGUCUUGAAAUCAUUCUCAGCUCAGCCUGUGCUGUGUUUUCAUGGUUAAUGCCUGUGUAUACAUUCUCUCACACUCCUGCUUUGUCUGGACUUCUCUUCCAUCUGUUUUGUGGUUGAGGAGUAAUUCCACAAUUGCUGAAGUCUGGAUGUGGGUUGAAGUGGUGCUCAUCAGAAUCCUUGCACAGGAGAUCCCUGAGCAUCACUAUGGAAUCUUUACAAGGGGCUCCUGGCAGUGAAAUAGCAAACCCUGCAGCCCUCGCGUUUUGCCAACUCACUUGUCCCCAGCCAGGACUUACACGCAUUGGAAAAGGUUCUUUGCACACUGAAGGUCUUAACUGCUUGGUAUGUCUUCAGAGAAGCAUUUUGCACUGAGGUCUAUCUUUUGAUACGAUAUUGGCUGCAUUAAGAGCCCCAUUAUCACAUUUCAUGUGGAAGAAGGUGUACUUUGCGGUAAUAACAAAAAAAAUUAA